AUGGCGGACGUGCACACGAAUCUCGCGUUCGAGAGCAGCGAGGAGGUGACGGUCGCCCCCACCUUUGACUCGCUCGGCCUCAAGGACGAUCUCUUGCGCGGCAUUUAUGCAUACAAUUUCGAAAAGCCGUCGGCGAUCCAGCAGCGUGCGAUCCUGCCCAUCAUUCGCGGCCGUGAUGUGAUUGCGCAGGCGCAGUCGGGAACGGGUAAGACGGCCACCUUUUCCAUCUCGAUGCUCCAGACGAUCGACACGGCGCUGCGCGACACGCAGGCGCUGGUGCUGAGCCCGACGCGCGAACUUGCGACGCAGAUCCAGAGCGUCGUGCUCGCGCUCGGCGACUACAUGAACGUGCAGUGCCACGCGUGCAUCGGCGGCACGUCGGUCGGCGAGGAUAUCCGUAAGCUCGAGUACGGCCAGCACAUUGUCUCUGGCACGCCUGGCCGUGUAUUCGACAUGAUUCGGCGCCGCAACCUGCGCACCAAGAACAUCAAGAUGCUUAUUUUGGACGAGAGCGACGAGCUGCUCAACAUGGGCUUCAAGGACCAGAUUUACGAUAUCUACCGCUACCUCCCCCCUGCGACGCAGGUCGUGCUGCUCUCGGCGACGCUCCCGAACGACGUGCUGGAGAUGACGACCAAGUUCAUGACGGACCCUGUGCGGAUUCUGGUGAAGCGCGACGAGCUCACGCUCGAAGGCAUCAAGCAGUUCUUUGUUGCGGUCGAGAAGGAGGAGUGGAAGUUUGAUACGCUGUGCGAUCUGUACGACACGCUGACCAUCACGCAGGCCGUGAUUUUCUGCAACACGCGCCGCAAGGUGGACUGGCUGACGGAGCGGAUGCGCGAGAACAACUUCCAGAUCAGCAGCAUGCACGGCGAGAUGCAGCAGAAGGAGCGCGAUGCGAUCAUGAACGAGUUCCGGCAGGGCAGCAGCCGCGUCCUGAUCACCACCGACGUGUGGGCGCGCGGUAUCGAUGUGCAGAACGUGUCGCUCGUGAUCAACUAUGACUUGCCUACCAACCGCGAGAACUACAUCCACCGUAUCGGCCGCUCAGGCCGCUUCGGCCGCAAGGGUGUCGCGAUCAACUUUGUCACGGUCGACGACGUCAAGAUCCUGCGGGAUAUCGAGCAAUACUACAGCACGCAAAUCGACGAGAUGCCGAUGAAAAUAGACGAUCUCAUGUAG